CCGUCGACGAUAAUUAUGCCCCCUUCCAAGACUGUCUUCCUACUUGGGCCUGGCUACGUUGGUCUCAAUAUCAUUGACAAUCUUCUGGCCACAGACUACACCGUAACAACACUUGUACGCAAACCCGAGCUGGGCGCCAAACUCACUUCGCUCGGCGUCCACACGAUCGGAGGAACCCUUGCAGACAGUGAUGUAAUUACGGCUCAAGUCGCAAAACAUGACCUCACUAUCAACACGGCUUCCAGCGACGAUCUUCCGAGCGUCGAGGCCGUUCUAUCAGGUCUCCGACAGCGUGUUAAAGAGGGACUACCCACUAAAUUGAUCCACACAAGCGGUACCGGAACCUUCCUCGACGACGCCAAAGGCGCAUACAAAAGCGAUGUUGUGUAUCGUGAUGACGAUCCAUCUACGAUAAACACUAUCCCGGACACGGCACUCCACCGCAACGUUGACCUUGCCAUUAUCAAGGCCGCGCAAGAGUUCGGCGACAAAGCAAAACUCGUUCUCAUGGUUCCUCCAGUCGUCUACGGAUUCAAUCCAAAACAUGAACGCCUUUCAUUGGCCUUUCCGCGGUUGAUAAACUACGCGUUGAAGCAGGGAUAUUCGGGGCAAGUGGGCAAAGGCGCAAACGUCUGGCACAAAGUACACGUUUGCGAUCUUGCGAGGGCGUACAUGACUCUCAUCGAAUAUCUUGAUUCACCGGCUUCUACUGAAGCAGUCUUGUCAAAUCCAUAUUUCUUCACCGAAGACCAGUGGGGGGAGUUUACGUGGAAUGAGGCAGCCGAACAUGUUGCUCGCAUCUUGCAUAAAAUGGGCAAGAUUCGCGAUACAGAGAUCAAACCUUUCGAGAAAGAACAUUACGCAGAUGCUUUCGGGGAAUUUACUGAAUUUGCAGCUGGGGGGAACUCGAGGGCCAGAGGGGUCAGACUUAGGGAGUUGGGAUGGACGCCUGUCGAAAAAGAUGCGUGGGCCUGCUUGGAGGAAGACGAGAUCCCAUUCAUUAUUGCAUCGCAAAAGUGA